CACACAACUGCUAGUAUUCUGAAUGGCGAGCUUUGCCACAUCAACAUCUACAUUAAUCGGUUCUAUGUCCAAAGAUAUCAAUCCUGUAAGAUGUUCUUGCGCUUCAGCUGGCCUUUCCCUUGCUUGUUCGAGCGAAUUACCGAAAAGCCACACACGGCAGCUUGUGGAAAUCUCUUGACGCAAGCCGAGUCGAACGGCCUCAAAUUGCUUGUUCCGGUGACCGAAGACUUGGUCACUGACACCAAGCCUUUCAACCUAAAAUAUGUAGCUCACUCGGGUCUUCAUGCAGGAAGCCGGAGCCCCCUUCGCCUAGUCCGAAACCGCGCAAAGAAAGAUUUAACAGGGUUUAACAGGGCUUCUCCGCAUCAUCGGUCAGUUCUCAAUCCUUCAUCACGGAUCGAAUUUAACACUUUCAAAGGUAGAUCAUGUACACAGGCGACCAAGUUCGACCACAAUUUCCCCGCCAUUUGA